GUCUUCCGCUCUCCCGCUAACGCUGCCCGCUAAUUGGGCUCACCCUUAGAACCUGAUCCCUAAGAACCAAUGAGUAGUCCGGGGGUCAGAACUAUCCAAUGAGAGUGAGCGGUGGGCGGGCCUUGCUCCGCGGGCCGAGCUACGGGUGCCGGGUGGAGCGAAGCACGGAAUGUGUCUCCUGCUGGGGGCCACGGGCGUCGGGAAGACGCUGCUGGUGAAACGGCUGCAGGAGGUGAGCUCCCGGGAUGGGAAGGGCGACCUGGGGGAGCCGCCCCCGACACGGCCCACGGUGGGCACCAAUCUUACUGACAUCGUGGCACAGAGAAAGAUCACCAUCCGGGAGCUGGGGGGGUGCAUGGGCCCCAUCUGGUCCAGUUACUAUGGAAACUGCCGUUCUCUCCUGUUCAUGAUGGACGCCUCUGACCCCACCCAGCUCUCCGCAUCCUGUGUGCAGCUCUUAGGUCUCCUUUCUUCAGAACAGCUCGCAGAAGCAUCGGUGCUGAUACUCUUCAAUAAAAUCGACCUACCCUGUUACAUGGCCAUGGAGGAAAUGAAGUCAUUAAUCAGGCUUCCAGACAUCAUUGCUUGUGCCAAGCAGGACAUCACCACGGCAGAAAUCAGCGCCCGUGAAGGCACUGGCUUGGCAGAGGUGCUGGCCUGGCUCCAGGCCACCCACAGAGCCAACGGUUGACUGCACCGCAGAGGCGCGGCUGACCUGCGCUGGGGAGAGGUGGCAGGGGGAAGUAUGGCUUCGCUGCCAAUAGUUUCUUCUCACGGGCAGAAUAACCCGAAGUAACUCUACAUGAUGGGGCUCUGUGCCGAGAUGCAAUGAUGGGUAAACUGAGGCAUGCGGAGAUGGAAGUUGACAUCUGGCCUCCGAAAAAACUGUCUCCAGGGGCCAGGCAUGGUGGCUCAUGCCUGUAAUCCCAGCACUUUGGUAGGCCAAGGCGGGCUGAUCAUCUGAAGUUAGGAGUUCGAGACCAGCCUGACCAACAUGGAGAAACCGUCUCUACUAAAAAUACAAAAUUAGCUGGGUGUGGUGGCCCAUGCCUGUAAUCCCACCUACUUGGGAGGCUGAGGCAGGAGAAUCCCUUGAACCCGGGAGGCGGAGGUUGCAGUGAGCCGAGAUCACACCAUUGCACUCCAGCCUGGGCAACAAGAUGAAACUCCGUCUUAAAUAAGAAAUAAAAAUAUAAAAGCCUGUCCCCAGACUGGGUGAGCAGGGCCUGCACGUGGCCAAGUGUUCUGUGUCCUGGAGUGGUGCUAUAGGGGUUGGCUGCCCUCCUUCCUAGAGACCUGCUGGACUGCCCCCGAGGCGUAUGGAAUGCACAGUGCCACUGAGACCUGGCCUCUUGCUGUAGCACAAGCUUCAACCUGCUGAGCCACUGGCACCCUGACCCCACGUCCAUCACAGACAGCAUGAGGCCAGUGAACUGAGUGUGGUCGUAAGAGCCAGGCCUCGAGUUAGAAAUGAGCUUGUGGCCGGGCGCGGUGGCUCAUGCCUGUAAUCCCAGCACUUUGGGAGGCUGAGGCAGGCAGAUCACGAGGUCCGGAGUUCGAGACCAGCCUGGCCAACAUGGUGAAACUCUGUCUCUACUAAACAUACAAAAAAUUAGCUGGGCAUGGUGGCUUUUGCCUGUAAUCUCAGCUACUCAGGAGGCUGAGGCAGGAGAAUCGCUUAAACCUAGGAGACAGAGGUUGCAGUGAGCCUAGAUCGCGCCACUGCGCUCCAGACUGGCUGACGAGCGAAACAGUCUCGGAAAAAAAAAAACAAAACGAACCAACAGCCAGCAUUCUCACUUGUUCAGUAAACAGGUAUUGCCCUGAAAUGCCCACAGGUGUGCCAGGAGGGGCUCAGAUGAAGCACAGAAAGUGGCCAUGCCACCUGCGGUUCCACAGCGGCCUGCCUUGACUUUGGUUCUCAGCUGUGGCCGCAUGUGGGAGUGUUGAUUUGACGGGUCAGUGUCCUGCGGCUGCUGAAACAACAGAAAUUUGCUCUCGUGGUUCCGGAGGCUUUCACCAGGGUGGUUUCCUUCCAGAGGCUCCGAGGGAGCAUCUGUGCCUUGCCUGUGUAGCGGCUGCAGUGCUCCUCGGCAUGCCUGGGCUGUGGCCUGCAGAGCCUGUUUUCGCCCCCAUCUUCACGCAGCUUCUCUCCUGUGCCUCUGUGCUCUCUCCUCUUACAAGGACAUCUGUCAUUGGAAAUCCAGGAUGAUUCCUCAUUAUAUCUGUAAAUGCUCUUCCAAACAAGGUCACCCUUACUUGUUCCAGGGGUUAUAACUUGGACACACCUUUUGGGGACCAUCAUUUGACUACAACGAUUGAAUAAGAAACCCUAUAGUCCUGAGAAUACAUGGAAAUUUUCUACAAAUGUUUUUGCAGCUGGAAGCCUAGGCUCCUUCGAUCAUGGAAGGAGCUUCGCACCCACCACCCUCCUCCAUGUCACAAACCUGCUGUACUUUGCUUGUGGGGAAAGGGGUCUUUAUUCCCAUGGAGGGCUGUGUGCGAUGCCUGGGAAAAGCUCAGCACGGCGUGCUUCAGGGUGGCUCAGGCUCCAAUCUCUGCUUUCCAGUGUGUCAUGGGCUCUCAACUGUACACAGACUGUGCCCUGUUGGAUGCCACCUUUUUUUUUUUUUUGGAGACGAGUAUCGCCCAGGUUGGAGUGCAGUGGUGCAAUCUCGGUGGCUCACUGUAACCUCUGCCUCCCAGGUUCAAGCAAUUCUCCUGCCUCAGCCUCCUGAGUAGCUGGGAUUACAGGCACCCGCCACCACGCCCAGCUAAUUUUUGUAUUUUUAGUAGAGAUGAGGUUUCACCAUCUUGGUCAGGCUGGUCUUGAACUCCUGACCUUGUGAUCACCCGCCUCAGCCUCCCAAAGUGCUGAGAUUACAGGCGUGAGCCACUGUGCCUGGCCUUCAUGCCACCUUCUUAGACACCACGUGAAUCUCCAUGCACUGCUCCCCCUGCCCCUUACCACCACCAAGCAGCUACUGGACACCUGAGGUAUCUGUCCUGUUAGUACUGUGGGGUGGAAAGAUAUACCUUUUAUCACCCAUAAGGGUGACAGCCAACACUUCUAACAAAAUACAGGUGAGCAAGAGAAAAGCA